AGCGCCAUUGGCUGCAUGCAAAUUGAAUGGGAGGAGUUAGGAGUUGCUGUUGGUAUACUCGUUUUGGUUGAUUUGUAAUCUGCGCCGGGCAGACGCUCUCUGCUUCUCAAUAGGCCCCGGCGCCACCCAAUCAUGGACAAAUAAAUUGGGGUUACCUGUUAAUCUGACUUUCACUGUCCGAUCACAGACGUCUCCGAUUCACAAUAAUGUUGGACUGGCAUGUGGAAAACGCAAUGGCAAAUCCGUGAUGUUUUCACAACUAAAUCAUUCUUCUGACUGUGAAGACAUGAAGUGAAAGCAGUUCCGUCCAACAGCUGGCUGCCUGGGCUCAGGACCCCCGUUGUCACGGAGACCUCACCACGGAGACGAGUCCCACAGGGAACAUAGGAGAGAGAGGGGGGAGGGGAGUGGAGAAAAGGAGAAGAAGAAAGAGAAGGAGAGUCUGUUAGAGAGAGACCGGAGUGCAUGUCAGCAUGGGUUAUGAUCUGGAGAGGUUUGUGGGCUAUGUAAACGAGGGUCUGCUGUGCUGUGUGUGUCGGGACGUGUUGGAGCGCCCCCUGCAGGCUCCAUGUGAGCACGCCUACUGCAGCGCCUGCAUCAGCAGCUGGCUGCUGCAGCACCAGUCCUGCCCUGAGGACAGGCUGCCCCUGGACAUCAGCACCCUCAGACCCCUGCACAGGUACAUGAGGAACGACCUGAGCCGCCUGCAGGUGCGAUGUGUUAAUGCAGAGCAGGGCUGUGACAGGAUCAGCCGCCUGGAGACUCUACACACACACGAGGACGAGUGUGAGUUCACACUCAUGCGCUGCUCCAACACAGGCUGCUCGGUGCAGGUGGAGAGGCGGGGUCUGGAGGAUCACCUGACCGAGUGUGACUUCAGGAGCAGGGCGUGUCCAAACGGCUGUGGCCACACCCUCCUCUCAGUGGACCAAUCACAGCACAACUGUGUUGCGGUGCUGCGCGCUGAAGUGGAGAUGCUAAGGGCGGAGAUGCUGAACAAGGUGGAGGAGGUGAGGCGUGAGAUGGAGUCACGACUCGACUCCCAGAGGAGACACAUGGUGCAGAAGGAGUCCAUGCUGAAGAGUGAAGUGGAGGAGCUCAAGGGCCAGCUGUCGAGGGUGAUGUGUGACGUCCGGGCUCUGCUGGGGGCGGAGCGUCUUCGGAGACAGGAGCUGGUGGAGGCCAUGCAGCCAAUCAGGAGACAGGACACAGCCGACCAGCCAAUCAGAAGCCAACAGGAAGACCAGGAGCCAAUGUGGAGAGAGCAGCUGACCAGAGGCCUGCAGAGAGAGGCGGCCAAGCAAGCCUCCACCCAAUCACUGUCCUCCGCCCAGUCCCUAUUGGUGCUGGCUCAGCCCUUGGCUCCGCCCUUGUCGCCGCAGCUGGGUGACGGCCCCCGCAAGGCCCUCGACUGCAUCAAGAAGAAGAACCGUGAGGUCACCGUCAUCUGAACCUGCCCUCCCUGUCCUGAACCAGUGAGGUCACCGUCAUCUGAACCUGCCCUCCCUGUCCUGAACCGUGAGGACACCGUCAUCUGAACGUGCCCUCCCUGUCCUGAACCGUGAGGUCACCGUCAUCUGAACCUGCCCUCCCUGUCCUGAACCGUGAGGUCACCGUCAUCUGAACCUGCCCUCCCUGUCCUGAACCGUGAGGUCACCGUCAUCUGAACCUGCCCUCCCUGUCCUGAACCGUGAGGUCACCGUCAUCUGAACCUGCCCUCCCUGUCCUGAACCAGUGGUUCUCAGACUGUGGGGGGCACUGCCCUGAAGGGGG